AUGAACAUUGCCACUUAUUAUCGUCACUCCAACGUCAUCCUUAAUUCUUAUGUAGACAAGACUUUAGCGAGGACUCGACAAGGAAGCUCAAAUGAUAUUACAUUCAUGACAAGAACACAAGGAAGAAGAAGAAAGAUGGGAUUGUGUUUGGUAAGAGCUUGUUCCGGAGAAGAAAAAUCCGGAGAUCAAAGCAAGACCGAGAGAAGAAGUUUUUUGACCUUAGCAGAAGCCGGUCUUGUCGAAAUCUCGGGCCUUGGUGCACACGAGAAGUUUCUCUGUCGACUAACGAUAUCAUCGUUGAAUUUACUAAGAGUGAUAUCAGAGCAAGAAGGAUGUUCAAUAGAAGAGUUAAAUGCAGGAAAAAUAUGCGAUUGGUUCUUUAAAGAUAAGCUGAAGAGAGAGCAGAACAUGGAAUCUGCCGUUCUUCAAUGGGAUGAUCCCGAUUUUCCAUUUUAA